CCCCGCGCGCGGAAUCGGCGGCUGCGUCCGAUUGUCUGAUACGACUCCAUUGCCUCUGAUUGCCUCCGGUACUCCAUUGCCCUACGAUCGUUUGUGAAGAUUUGAUCGAUUUGAUUUCGGAAUUGAGGGCUUUCGAGGAGCUACGAUUCAAUCAGAAGGGACGAAAAUGGCGAUGGCGACGAGCCAAGUGAAGGGCAGUGGCUGGCCACGGAGGGCGAGCAACAGUUCGUUCGAGGGGAAGGUGGUGCAAAAUCAAUCGGUCACCAUCAACAGGACCGUGAAUUUAUAUCCUUUGACAAACUAUACAUUUGGAACAAAAGAGCCACUCUUCGAGAAAGAUCCGUCAGUACCGGCAAGGUUUCAGCGCAUGAGAGAUGAAUUCGACAAGAUCGGCAUGCGGAGAAGCGUAGAAGGUGUCUUGCUGGUACACGAACACGGACUGCCACAUGUUCUUCUUCUGCAACUUGGCACAACAUUCUUCAAAUUACCUGGCGGAGAACUCAAUACAGGAGAAGAUGAGGUAGAGGGCCUAAAACGGCUCCUUACAGAGACUUUCGGACGGCAGGAUGGGGUGAAACAGGAAUGGGUUAUAGAAGACACAAUUGGAAACUGGUGGCGUCCGAACUUUGAACCACCUCAGUAUCCAUACGUGCCACCACACAUCACAAAACCAAAGGAGCACAAGAGACUAUUUCUCGUGCAACUACAAGAAAAAGCUCUCUUCGCUGUACCGAAGAAUUACAAGUUAGUCGCAGCACCAUUAUUUGAAUUGUAUGAUAACUCGCAAGGUUACGGUCCCAUAAUCUCGUCUUUGCCACAAUCUCUUUGCAGGUUUAAUUUUAUCUAUAUGUGAAACUAAAAUUAGGAAGACAAGACUCAAAAUAUUCUGUUUAUAUAUAAUUUAAUAAAUUAGAGAUUUCAUAAGUAAACACGGAUGAGAGAUGAAAAGGUGGAUGAUACUUGAAAGACAUUUCUGAUCAAUGUAUAUGAUGUAUUGCGAAUUAAAUCAUUUUUUAAGUAGUAUUUA